AUGGCCACAACAGACGCUCGCCACCCCAAACGGUCCUUCCUCAAAUAUCGAACGGUUGAUUCGCCCGCCUACGACGCUUCCGAAGAGGACAAUGAUCCGCUUACCGACGACGGCGCCUCCGUCACCUCCAUACCGUCUCCUUCGCCCGCCUCCACCCCCGCACCCCGUCCCCAGCCCCGGUCUACGUAUCCGCAUCUUGCCGCCCCUACGUCCUCCUUAGGAAAGGCACACUCGGCCUCCCGCGCAAAGCACCAGCUCGCGGCCUCGCUCACCGCACAAGCGCUCUCCGACGAUGGCGUUGAUUCCCCUACUUAUGACGGCGACAUCGAGAGCAGCACGACGAUUGGCGGCGGCGGGCGCGAUCGGACGAUCAGCGUGCUGAGCCUCGGAGAUACAAGCACAAGUGCAAGCGGCGCGAGUGCGCUCACGAGCCCGGUGACCAGUGCAUUCCCGCUACCGGAGGUGCGGCUUGGAGGCGUCGGGCUGGGCGCCCCCGGGACAGGAGCGGGGCCAGCAGCAGUCGGGGCGCAGACGAACGAGAGCACGCCGAGCGUCAGCCCGGAGCGUCAGGGGAAAGGCAGGGAGGCGCGGGACGACGAUGCCAAGGAGAAAGAGAAGAACGAUCGGCUGAAGGAGCACAGUAUCCCGUUCUGUGUGCCCGGAGAGCCUGCACCGGCCAACAUAUCCAAGGACGCGUUCGAUCCGGCCAAGCUGACUACCGAAGACAUUCAGGCAUUCGUGAAAAAGGCUAUCGAAGGCGAGUCUAUCCGGAAAUACAAGAUCAACAAGCCACCUACGGAUCGCCCCGUCCGCAUAUACGCCGACGGCGUCUACGACUUAUUUCAUUUCGGUCAUGCACUCCAACUUCGCCAGGCAAAGCUUUCUUUCCCUAGCGUCUACCUGCUCGUAGGCUGCUGCUCAGACGAGCUCGUGAGGCAGCACAAAAACCCUUGCGUCAUGAACCAUGCAGAACGAUGCGAAGCCAUUCGCCAUUGCCGUUGGGUGGAUCAAGUUGUGCCUGAAGCGCCAUGGGUCAUCACUUCUGAAUUCCUGGAAAAGUAUGAGAUCGAUUACGUCGCACAUGACGAGGAUCCGUACGCGGGCGCAGGCACAGAUGAUGUCUAUGGGCUCGUCAAAGCAGAAGGUAAAUUCCUCCCCACACGGCGCACUCCUGGUGUAUCUACGUCGGAACUGUUGGAGCGUAUCGUGCAACAAUAUCGUCACCGUGACUUCGACGGAAAGCUUGAGAAGAUGGGUAGGGCUGAGCUCAAAGCCGAGGGAUCGGACUAUGACGAUGAUCCGGAUGGUCCUCGAAGCCGCGCCGUAAGCCGCGUACGAGGGCGCAAAGAACAGCUCAAGCAAGACGCCAAACUGAAUGGUUAG